GCGGAGUGGAUGCACUCACCUAAGGAUGCGAGCUAGCAGGUCUUGCAGCGGCUAUCACGCCCCUCACGCCGCUAUCUCUGUGCAGCCGACUGAGGAUCCCUAGUCGCACAAGGCUGUGCCUGGCCUGUUGGCGUCCCUGGCAGUUGUUGGGUUCUGGCGGUUGUUGGGUCCCUGGCAGUUGUUGGCGGUUGUUGUGUUCCUUCAUUGAACCUGCACUAACUGGGCUUCCAGUCAGCGUCAGUCAGCGGAUCCUUGGGCCAUGGGGCAGCCGCAGGUCUGUUAGGCCACCAGGGCGGCUCUCGUGCCAGUGAGGCCCCUGAGAGCCCUUUGGUCAGACAGAGGCUAAAUCUGAACAGUCAGGCGGUGAGAUUAAGCAUAGUCAGGGAGUUCGCCAGGAGCCAGCGUUCCUCAGCCUCACCACGUCAGUCACCUGGUCAGCCAGAAGGCAGCUGGGGCGACAUCCAUCUACCAAGAAGUUACCCAUCGCCUCACUCCUUCUGAACCAUAUGGUUCUGAUGUCAGAGCCAGUGUAGUAAAGAGCUUCUGCUGUUCCUGAGAACUGUUGCUGCUGCAAGUGAUGCUUCCACUGCUACAGCUGGUAACCUCAAAAAACUUCAAUGAAAAAGUGUGUGUCAACACUGAAGACAGAUUCCUCAUUAUUAGAGACCUUGAUGAAUGUGACUGUUCCCUCCUAAUCCAUGAUAUUCAUCAAAUGGCCACCAUGUCCUACCUGUUCUAAGUAGAGCGAGGCAAUUUCCAGCAUUCUUACACAGAAGAUGCCAUAGUACAUUUGGCUUCCAGUGAAUGUUCCACCAAAGACCACUUGAGACCGGGAAGAAGGAAAUUAAGAAAGUACCUGCUAAGCUGCUCAACUCCUCUUGCUCCUUGGAGAAGACACUGCAGUGCAGCUGUUCCUUCCACGGGAUUCCCACACCCUCUGUGCAGUGGUGGAUGGGAGGAGUCCCCGUGGGUGUGGAUGGCAUGGAUGGCAGCCUCCAAGUGACUUCCACCAUGCUUGGCCCCUGGGCUAACAGCACUAUCAGCCUAACUGAAGAGCCAGAAAUGGGCAUGAGACUUCUCUGUGAGGGGAAGAACCAAAACGGAACCCAUGCUUUGAGCAUCCUACUGAUGUCAAGAAAGAGUUAUUUGGCUGCCCAGGCCUUCGUGAAAGGGCUGAUCCAGGGUGCUAUCUAUGCGGGAAUUGUAAUUGCGCUGCUCUUCCUCUGCCUCCUCCCUCUCAUAGUGAAACAUAUCAGAAAGAAGCAGGCGAAGAACGCUGCAGCGAUCAGAGCAAAAUAGAGCUCUAAAGUCAGAGCAAGCCAAGAACUUGAGAUGUCUCUGAAGCCUGAGGAACCAGGAAAACCCGUAGUCGCCACAUUUUCUGAGAGCCGGAUAUUGGAAAAGCAAGAUAAAUGAGCCAGCUAAGCCUGUGGAACAUGCAUCAUACCUGGAGUCACCAUUAUCCCUGGAAUUACAAAGGUCUGCAAAAUUUAUAGCGCUCACAGAAACCCUGGAGGCUGUAAUAAACCUGGAGCCCCCUGGACUCUCCUCAGCUCACAAAACCCUCUCAAUUCCUACACAUCCCUUAACACUCAUUCUCCAUUGAAUAGGUGGUUACUCUUAGACCUAGUCUUAGAACCUCUGAAGACACACUUUGUAAUUUGUUGUUUGGCUAAAUGAGAAGAAAUCUGUGCCACCCUGGGAAGGUGUCAAAAGAAGGAAAAAUACAUGUGACAAUAUGAAUCAAGUCCAUCAGCAAGUUACUUUUGAGCGCCUACUGUGUGUCAGUGCCUGAGAUACACCUACAAGAGUGCCAGGCUUUCAAGCCUUCAUAUCUGGAUAGAAUCCCAACUUCAGUGCUUGGUGGCUGUCUAUCUUUGGACAAGAUCUUUCAUUCCCCAACCUUUGAACAUCACAUGACCCAUAUCUGGGUGGAGAAUGGGUGAAAAGUACGGUUCAGAGAUGCAGGUGAGAAAAAACAUGACGAUGGGCCCUGAAUGCCAAGAUUCAUUGGAGCUUUGGAGCUUUAUCUUGUAGGACCUUAUCCUGACUCCCUUAGAAUGUAAGUUCCAAGAGAACAGGGACUUUGUCUGCCUUGUUUUCUACUUUUAUCACCAGCACCCAGAAUGAUGCCUAAAAUACAAUAAGAUCUCAAGAA